GAAUUUAGCCGUCGCCUUCUGGAUCUUGUGUGUAGGUAGGCUCAUAGGUAACGGUGAUUCUCUAACAGUUGGAGAUGGGUAGAUCUUGGUUACAUUCGUACCUGUACCCGUCCUUUGUACCUGUGAUGCCAAGGAGAUGAUGAGAAUGAAUUCCCCUAUUCGUGACCAGUCCGAGGGAUGGAGCCAGGUGAAUCUAGUAAAUCAGACUUAGACAAUGAUUUAAUAAGACUGUUUUUCCCUUCAUUUUUCGGAUGGAGUCUUUCGAAAUCUUUCAUCACACUUUCACACUUGCACACAGUCAUCAUUCUCACUCUCACUCUCACUCUCACUCUCACUCUCUCACACCCUCACACCCUCACACCCUUACACACGUCUCUUUUUGCGUGUCCCUUCCCUUCCCCACAAACUCCGUGUUACUGCUGGGUGCUGGGUGCUGGGUGCUGGGUAUCAGGUAAUGCCUGGGUAAUUCAAUUCAUAGACCAUUCGUCGCUGAUUCGCCGCAAUCGCCAGUGCACCAACAACCGGCAGGAAGACCAUCAAACCAUUCCUUUCAGGCUUUGUCCUUCUUUGAUUCGCUUCCUUAGGCUUGGCCAUCCCCCCAAGACGAAUCCACCAAUCCACCAAUCCACAAGAAAUCCCUGUCGAUUUGCAACUCCUCCACCAGAAAUAUUAAUACGCUCCAAAUACCGAAAUCGUUCCUUUCUUUUUAUUAAUCACCUCUUUCCACAGGGGUGAUUUGCUGCUUCAUCUAUCAAACUGGCCAAAUUCAUCAUGAAGUGGUUCCGAAGAAAGAAGAAGCCGGCAAAGGAGCUAUCAGACAAACCAUCUCUCGUACGCAGUUAUACAAAUCGAGCAGAUCGAAGGCAUCAUGCAGCAUAUGCAACCCCGCGUGGAUCUAUCAUAAACAAGCUUCCCGAUAAAGUUCUCGAACGCAUCUUCAUACUUGUAUGCCCUCAUUCGCAAGACGAAACUUACGAGACAUGCGAACAAUCUUCUCUGGACGAUUGCUGUCCAUUAUGCGACACGAGAGAUUUGGCUCAUUGUGCCCAAGUCUCGAGGAAAUGGAGGAAUGCAGCUAUUGGCGUUUUGUACCAUAGUGUUCGGAUUGAUGCAGUUCAUUUCUGCGAGCUCGAAGAAAUAUUGUCAGAGAAGAGGAAACAUAAAGGUCGAUUCAAUCGCAAUGCAGAACCAGAGGAAACCCCCAACGUUAGAUUGCAACUACUUUGUAGAACGAUUCGCGACAAUAGAAUGCUGGGAGAAUUGGUGGAAUUUCUCAAAACACCAUACAUGACUAGAGGAGCCUGUAAAGCCGAUCUUGCGCGCAGCGUGGCAGUUUGUCCUAAUAUACGAUAUCUCGAUCUUCCCGAGGGUAUAUUUUCAGAUGAUCCUUCCUGCCACACUCUCAAACUCGAAAUUCAAGCGCGAUGCCCAGAUCUACGAAAGAUGACAUAUAUGACUGGCUCGGAGAGGAGCCUUGAACAAUUGUCGGGCGGCAAGAUCUGGAGAAAUCUGGAGGUAUUGGAAUUCACAAGACUCAACAUGGACCCUACGAUUAUUCGACGCGCCUUGGGCUCAUUAACUGGGCUUCGAGCUUUGAAGGUUACAGAUACAAAGACUUUCAAUGAUGAGAUAUUCCAGCACAGCGAUUACCUACCGCCAUUUCCAGCUUUUACUGAAUUGGUUUUCGAAAACACACCCAACGUUACAGCAAUUGGCUUGGAGGCGUAUCUAUUCCGUUCAGACACGCAAGAGAAACUUACAAGCCUUUCAUUGACAGAAACGGGCAUUCAUCCUUCCACUUUACAUAAAAUCACAGACAAUGCUCCCAGACUGACCUUCUUGUCGAUUGUUGAGUCAGUACAUGCGUCCUUUCCAGCUCUUCAAAAUAUUCCACCACUUUCCUCGACGUCACUACAAACAUUGCAUUACGAAAUUACCUCCGCAUCAUCCGCAAAUACCUUCAAAAGCGUUGUACAAAGUCAUUACUCAUACCUUACCACCUCCUUAAUUUCCAAUAGACUUCCUGCGCUUCGAGCCCUUUACGUUCGCGAUUCCGAUUUCCCCGAAUCUUUGAUCGGUCUCGCACCUCCUGCUCCCGCAUAUGCGUCCGAUCCAGAUAAUUUCGUACCACCUAAUCCUUUCGAUCGUUCCUCAAAUGCGCCUUCUGCCAUGCCCACCAAUAAUCGAUUUAGCUCCAACAAUCCUUUUGCAGCUCAAGCAAACCUGUCUCCGAUGAUGCCCACUGGAAUGGGACUCAAACAAGAAUUGGAGGUAUACAGUAAAGGCCUUGAUGAGAUGGAAUGGAAUUUUGCCAAAGUCCAACCGCCAACUGCACCCGGCAGAAGAGGUUCGGCAACAACAGCAAGGCCGAUUAGCAGUUAUGGACUGGGUGAUAGUAUGGGCAAAGCAUGGGCUCCAGGUCAUGGCGCAAGAAGAAGUGUUAUUGUCGGAAAUGGAUUCGGCGGCUUUCUCGCCGUGCCCGCAGAUGAUCCUCCCAGACCCAGCAGCUCAGCGGGCGAAAAGAAGAGACAUUCUAGGAAAAACAGCAGCCAAGAUUUAUGGCGGUGAUUGUACAGGCAUGCCACUGGGCCAGAUCUCAAUUUAGAAGUGUUGCAUUUUGGGUCAUUCUAUCAGCUUCAUAUUGAUUCUGUUAAUACAUGGAAAAGCCUGGUCCGGUCAUACACUUUUCUUUUGGAGUAUUUUUUCUACGAUCGUGUGAGAUGAACAAUCUCACAGAUAUAUAUUUAACGUAAUGAGGAUUUAUGGAGUAUACCAUGGAUGUUUACGCUAAAUCUAUUUUACUACCUUUUUUGCCUUACCUUGCGUGUGUGGAGCGGAGCGUUUUAUGUUUAAUACCCUAAAGGUUCUUAUGGAUCAUGAAUGGAGAAUGGGAACAGGAUAUCAGGAGAUGAUUGAUAGUCGAUUUUUUUUUGGGAUGGUUAGCGGAUUGAAAGAUUGAGGGUUAUGAUGGCAUAGUAGAUAGCGGAAUAAAAUGAUUUUUACUUUAGCCUGUGGGCA